UGAAGCCAGUGACGCACAAAGCAUCCUGCCUAUAGGAUUUGAGGCUUUCUCAGUGCAGUGUUUUUCUACCCACUUUAAACCUUCAGGUUCUAAGUAUCAGGAAAGACAGGAAAUGCCGUGUGAAAAUAGCAGGCCAAAAGUUCUUAGGUAACUGCAGCCAGGGAGACUCAGACUAGAAUGGAGCUAGGAAGAGAUGAUACAGAGUGGGUUUAAUUCUAAGCCCUUUUUGGCUGAGUUUUUGUUGUUAACUUAUUGAAUUUAGAGAUGUAUUGCAUUGGUCAUGUGAGGGCCGGGGCAGCACCAGCAUCAAAACAGUGACACUUUUGAAUGCAUAGUAUAUAUGUACGCAGAGCAUUUUUAUUACAGAAGAUAAAGAGCCCAGCAUAGGUUGUAUUCUCAUCUUCACCCAGUUGCAAAAUCAAACGUUAAGAAACAGCAUCUAAGGGCGCUUUUUAGGUGGGAAAGAAUCUGGAGGAUGGCUCUAAAUGAUUGCUUGCUUCUGAACUUGGAAGUGGACCAUCUCGUGCACUGCAACGUCUCCAAUCACAGUGCGGAUCUCCCCAUGAACGACGACUGGUUCCACCCGGGGAUCCUCUAUGUCAUCCCUGCAAUUUAUGGGGUCAUCAUUCUGAUAGGCCUCAUUGGCAACAUCACCCUGAUCAAGAUCUUCUGUACCGUGAAGUCCAUGCGAAACGUGCCGAACCUGUUCAUCUCCAGUCUGGCUUUGGGAGACCUGCUCCUCCUGGUAACAUGCGCUCCCGUGGAUGCCAGCAGGUACCUGGCCGACAGAUGGCUGUUUGGCAGGAUCGGCUGCAAACUGAUCCCCUUUAUACAGCUAACCUCCGUGGGGGUGUCUGUCUUCACACUCACGGCUCUCUCAGCAGACAGGUACAAAGCCAUUGUCCGGCCAAUGGAUAUCCAGGCCUCUCAUGCCCUGAUGAAGAUCUGCCUCAAAGCAGCAUUGAUCUGGGUCAUCUCCAUGCUUCUGGCCAUCCCAGAGGCUGUGUUUUCUGAUCUACAUCCCUUCCACGAGGAAAGCACCAACCAGACCUUCAUUAGCUGUGCCCCGUACCCACACUCUAAUGAGCUGCAUCCCAAAAUCCACUCCAUGGCUUCCUUCCUGGUCUUCUACAUCAUCCCACUGUCCAUCAUCUCUGUCUACUACUACUUCAUUGCCAAAAAUCUGAUCCAGAGUGCUUACAAUCUACCUGUGGAAGGGAAUAUACACAUCAAGAAGCAGAUCGAAUCUCGGAAGCGCCUUGCCAAGACAGUGCUGGUGUUCGUGGGCCUCUUUGCCUUCUGCUGGCUCCCCAACCAUGUCAUCUACCUGUACCGCUCCUACCACUACUCCGAGGUGGACACCUCCCUACUCCACUUCGUCACCAGCAUCUGUGCCCGCCUCUUGGCCUUCACCAACUCCUGUGUGAACCCUUUUGCCCUCUACCUGCUGAGCAAGAGUUUCAGGAAACAGUUUAACACCCAGCUCCUCUGUUGCCGGCCUGGCCUGAUGAGCCGGUCUCAUAGCACUGGCAGAAGUACCACCUGCAUGACUUCUUUCAAGAGUACCAACCCCUCUGUGGCCACCUUCAGCCUCAUCAACGGAAACAUCUGUCACGAGGGGUAUGUCUAGACUGACCCUUGGCCCUGUCCCCCUAGGGACCCCUGGUUUUGCUUUAUGGCUGGUAAGGAACCCUCACAUGUGUUGUCUCUGUACCCUCCACAGACCCUUUGGAAGGCUCGUGAGUGGUGUAGGUGGGUUGGGGAGAGGCCCAAAUGGAUCACUGUUAUGUUUGAAAGGCCCAUGAAGGCUUAUGUUUUCCAUUUCAACUCAUGAAUUUUUCUUCUGAUGUAGAGCAAACUUUCCCUUUUUUAGAAAAGGAAACAAAUAGGAAAUUAUUAUUUUAAGCAUCAAGCUCUGAUAUACAGGUGUGGUCAAUUAAGUCCUAGAAACUACAGUCUUGUAUCAUUUAACGAUGGGGAUACAUUCUGAGAAAUGUGUCAUUAGGUGAUCUCAUCAUGUGAACAUCAUAGUGUACUUACACAAGCCUAGAUGGUAUAGCCUGCUACAUACCUAGGCUAUAUGAUACUAACCUUAUGGGACCACCCUCGUUGAUGCAGUCUAUCGUUGACCAAAACAUCAUUAUGUGGCACAUGGCUGCAUACGAACAACCAGAUUUACAUAGCAGAAAAAUUAUAUAUAGAAUGUCCAGUUUGUGAAAGACUUCACCUUGUCAUUUCUUUAAGGAGAAGCUAGCGCUUUAAAAAUAUUAUUUGAGUCAUCUUUCAGGAAUAUUUAUAAUCACAAACGAAGGAACUUUUUUUUACACUUGUAACAUGAAAAGUCAACCCUACGAAAGAAUCUCAUGUAUAAGGGACAGUCACCAAAUUCAUAACACUGGAAGCCAGUUUAAAACAAAUCCCUGAGGGUUGAUUAUUUUUAAAAGACAUUGCUGAGGAUAUAGAAGAAACACUCGACACAUCAUUUUAAGGCAAAAACACAACCAGACACACUGACACGUAUAAAGAUCCAUGUGUGGCUAUGGAGUGCUAUCUCCCGCUCUGAAUUCUAACUCAAUGGAGGUCCUUUUGGCUGUUAUCCAAUUUUAAUCAUCCAUGGUGCAGUUCCACCAUAAAAGAGAAAUCCUUUGGGGGGAAAACUGAUCAUGCUAUCAAUUCAUCAAACAUUUAUAAGUGCAUAAAGUAUAGUAUUUAUUUUUGGUAUACAGGUAUUCAGCCAAAUAUAUUUCCUUAUAUUUGGCUGUCCUUGUCUGCUACAUUGAAGCAGUAGUUUCAUACAAGAAAAAAGGCAUCAUAUCUGAGUGGAAAUAGAAACAUGUUUACAUUUAACAUGCUUCACCUAAAGUUUGUGG